UCCCCGCUGUAAGCGACCUCAAGACAGCGCUGAGAGUGCCGGGCUCAUUUGGCUGGCGAAAGGGCGCCUCUUGCUCUGAUGAUGGUCUGGGCCGAUACUACCGCGGACUGAAGUGCGAUGAGAACGGCAAUGUGAUCGCCAUAGACAUCCACUGGGGCCUGCUGGUCUCGCGAAUCUCCACUCUGCCGCCCACAAUGUCCGCCCUCACCACUCUCACAGAAAU